AUGGUAAGAACUCCUCAGACCGUUAGGCCCCUCAAAAUUCUGAUGCUUUCCUUCUAUAUGAGAUCCUGUUUCCUGUGCAUCAAAGUUGGGAAAAAGCUGAUGAUCAGGGACAAAUCUAGUCAUGGAAGAGUUACCAAUGUGACUCCAGUGUCUUUGCUAGAAGUUAAGGUGGCACUUCCCACAAAGGUGAUUUUUGGAGAUCAGACUGUGGCCAAGAAAUUAGCCCCUUCAGAAUUGGCUCAGCUUGCAAAAGUCAGGCUUGGUGAAGGCACCUUGGGGUCCUUGUUUAAGGUGGUUCUUGAUUGUGGUUCAACCAUCACCAUGAGAAUGGUUCGAGAAGGCUUGGUUGAUGAAGCCACUCUUGAGUAUUGGAUCAAUUUCUUCGGAGCAAUUCGAAAUACUUGGCUCCUGCCAAUGCAUUUCAGCUUCUGGUAUGGUGGAGAAGCUUUUAUUUUGUACGAGUAUCUGUGCUUAGGAAGCUUAGAAGAGCUGUUACAUGGAAGUGAAGGAAUCCAGUUUACUCCAAUAUGUUGGAGAGCUAGAAAGCAUAUAGCAGUUUGUGCAGCAAAGGCAGUGGCCUUUCUGCAUACCCAGGUGACCAAAAAUGGUGAAGGGCUUGUUUGUGGGGUGAUCAAGUCUUCUAAUGUCAUGGUUCAACUGGACUUCUCAGCAUGUCUAUCGAGCUACGAGACGGCUUACCUUGUUCCUGCGGCCACCAUAAUCAGAAGGAAUGCUGGCCGGAUUGCGCCUGAGUUGAGACACAGAAAAGUGUUUACACAAAAGUCUGAUGUUUACAGCUUUGGGAUUCUGCUCUUAGAGCUUAUAACAGGGAAAAAACCAGCAGUGACAAACAUGAGAGAGUACGUAUGGCAGAACAGAAAGCAAGAAGGGCUAAAAGGUAUGUAUGACAAGAGAAUGGGGGAAAUUCAGAAGGAAACCAUGGAUGAAAUGCUUGAAAUUGCUCGGCUUUGCCUCGGAAGCAAUCCCAGAGAAAGGCCUGCUAUGGACAGAGUGUUGCAGAUGAUUCAAAACUUGCAGGACUAG